UCAUAAGGCUUUAAUAUCUGGCAAUAAUAUUCUGUUGUAGAGAAGUUGUUUUAUGAUUUAGUGGUAACUUUUGCCAGCAAUAAAUUGAGGUAAUGGAAAUAACUCCGGUUGCUGACGAAAAACAGUUAGCAGAUGCAAUGGGAAACUCCUCAGCUAACUUGAAAGUCUUGUACUUCUAUGUUGACAAUUCAGCAGAAUGCAACCAAAUGACAGAUGUUGUAACUGAACUUAGUAAAAGUGAAGAGUACAAAAGUGUCCUUUUAAUCAAGAUUGAUGCAUCAAAAUGUGAAGAUAUUAGCAAAAAAUAUGAUGUUUCAAGUGUUCCACAUUUUGUUUUUCUUUUGAAUCAAGUUCCCAUUGACCGAUUAAUUGGAGCAAAUGCCCCAAUGUUUUCUAAGAAACUCAAAGAACAUUUAAAAAAAUGUGGAAAUGAAAGUCCAGAGGAAGUCUUGAAUGCUAGGUUACAGAAAUUAAUUAAUAAAGCCCCUGUAAUGCUUUUUAUGAAAGGCAGUCCAUCUGUACCUAGAUGUGGUUUUAGCAAACAAGUUAUAGCUCUGUUAGAUUCUCAUAAUGCAAAAUAUGAAACAUUUGAUAUUUUGGAAGAUUUUGAUGUUCGAGAAGGUCUAAAGAAAUUUUCAAACUGGCCAACAUAUCCUCAGUUGUAUAUAAAUGGAGAACUCGUUGGCGGCUUAGAUAUUUUAAAAGAAUUGUCACUGUGUGGUGAACUAGAUACACUCCUGUCUGAUGCAAAGUCUGGACAUUAAUGAGUUGUGUCUCUUUUUAUAUCUAAUUCCAGUGUGAAUCAAAUCCUGCUACUUCAUUCAUCAAGAAUUUGACUCGGAUAAGAAGCCAUUAAAAUUAUGUGACAUUUAUGUACACUUUCAUUAAACGUACUCUGAGAAAGAA